GAAAAGAAAAACAAAAAGUAAAAAUUAUAAAAAUCAAGGGAGCUUCGUUUCUUUAUUUCAGUCUCAUCUCUUUCAUCUUUUCCUCUCAACUUUCAACACACAGUCUCGCCCUCCCUUUCGAGGGGUUUCUUUUUUUCUUUUUUUUUUCUUUAUUUUUGUUUUCAUUUCUUUCAUUGUUCUUUUUUCUUUUAAUUUUGUUUAUUUUCCCCUCUUUUGUUAUCAGCAUCUUCUUCAAUUUAUUCAAUCUCUCCAGGAACCCUAACCCCGGAAUCUUUUUUAAAAUCCUCAAAAUUUUCAUUUAAUUGAAAGAAGAUGCAGCAGCAAAGGCUAAAGCAGCAACAACAGGCUAUGAUGCAACAGGCUCUCUACCACCAUCCCAGUCUCUUGACUGUCCCUCAGAUAGAGCCUAUCUUGAGUGGUAAUCUUCCUCCUGGCUUUGAUUCAGCUACCUGCCGCAGUGUGUAUGUGGGAAAUAUUCACCCCCAGGUUACGGAACCCCUUCUGCAAGAAGUUUUCUUGAGUACUGGUCCUAUUGAAGGAUGCAAACUUAUUAAAAAAGAUAAGUCAUCCUAUGGUUUUGUGGACUAUUUUGAUCGCAGAUCAGCUGCCCUUGCUAUUGUGAGUCUUAAUGGAAGGCAUCUAUUUGGGCAACCUAUUAAAGUUAAUUGGGCAUAUGCUAGUAGUCAGAGGGAGGAUACAUCAGGUCAUCACAACAUUUUUGUCGGUGAUCUCAGCCCUGAAGUUACAGAUGCUACAUUAUUUGCAUGUUUUUCUGUGUACUCCAGUUGUUCGGAUGCUAGGGUUAUGUGGGAUCAAAAAACUGGGCGUUCAAGAGGUUUUGGUUUUGUUUCUUUCAGGAACCAGCUGGAUGCCCAAAGUGCAAUAAAUGACUUGAAUGGGAAGUGGCUUGGAAGUAGACAGAUCCGAUGUAACUGGGCUGCAAAAGGUGCCUUGUCCAAUGAUGAUAAACUGGGUCCAGAUGCCAAAAGCAUUGUAGAGCUGACAAAUGGAACAUCUGAAGAAGGUCAAGAGAAGACUACUGAUGAUGCUCCAGAAAACAAUCCUCAGUAUACCACUGUUUAUGUGGGCAAUCUUGCUCCAGAGGUUACAUCAGUUGAUCUCCAUAGGCAUUUCCAUGCCCUUGGAGCGGGAUCAAUUGAAGAUGUUCGUGUGCAACGAGAUAAAGGUUUUGGUUUCGUGAGAUACAGUUCACAUGCUGAAGCAGCUCUAGCUAUACAGAUGGGAAAUGCUCGAAUUCUAUAUGGUAAACCAAUUAAGUGCUCAUGGGGUACCAAACCUACUGCACCAGGAACAAGCUCAACCCCUCUGCCUCCACCAGCUUCUGCACAUAUGCCUGGUCUUUCAGCCGCAGACCUUGCUGCCUACGAACGACAUAUGGAGUUGAGUAAAUAUGCUGGUGCACAGGUAACGAGUAUGAUGCAUCCACAGGGUCAGCAUGCCCUUAAGCAGGCGGCCAUGGGAAUGGGUGCCGCUGGAGCUAGUCAGGCAAUCUAUGAUGGUGGAUACCAAAAUGUUGCGACAACCCAGCAGCUUAUGUACUACCAGUAAGUGAUGGGAUCCAUCUCCUAUCAUAGCAUCACAGGGAGGAAUAAGUAUUUGGAGAACUGUAGCAUAAUGCUACUUUUUUCAUUUUCAAAUUUCUUUGCUUUUUGCUCUUCUUUUCAUUUCCCUGGCUAGAUUGCUCUAUCUCUGGGUUUUGUACCUUCAACUUGUCUGGUUGUUUCAUGGUUUGAACUUCAAACAGAAGCUUAAACUUACAAGGCUUUUAACGUGUUCUCUUAACCAUUUUAGUUGGAAGAAAGACCAUUGUUAUUCAUUUACAAGUA